UUAGUUCGUUAGAGAUAGACAAUACUGCAUACACUCAAUCAGUAAAUUAGAUUCACUUUUGUCUUUUUCCCACUUUGGUUUAUGAACUAGAAAGUAAUUAUUAUAUUAUUCUCUGAGAAGCAAUGAAAGAAAAAGAGUAAAAUUAUGUCUUUUUCUCAAAAACACCGCAUUCAUGAUAAUUUAUGUGUUCAGACAUCAGCGAACUCUAAUAAAUUGAUGCUGAUAAUAGAUGCCGAAGUCAAACCCUAUUGCUGUGAUGAGUGCGACAAACGUUUUGCAUCAUUUCAGGAAUUAAAGACACAUACUAAUACACAUACGAGCGACAUUGAAGUACAUGGACGUGAAUUAUAUUCAAGUCAAUUCGACGAAAAUUCUAGUGUUGAAAGUGACGAUUCCUUUGUAAUUGAAUCAAAUCAUGACACCGACAGCGAUUACGAACCUUUAGCGAGAUAUAAACGAACAAAAAACUUGUUACAUCGUUGUAAUGUGUGCGGUCAAUCUUUCAGUAGACCAUGUGAACUAACUAGACAUUAUAGAAAACACUCUGGAGAAAAACCUUAUCACUGUAAAGUUUGUAACAAAUUUUUCCGUCAUCAAAGUAAUUUAAAUGUACAUGUCAAAGGACAUUCUGUUAGUGCCACAUUCACAUGUAAUGUUUGCAAUACUACUUUGAAAUCCUCUUAUGCGUUAAGAAAACAUAGAAAAACCCACAAUAGAGAGGAAUCAAAACAUAGUGCUCAAUUAAAAGAUAAUAAGUCAUUUAGAGAUAAGAAAUUAAAUACAUGUGAUAUCUGUAAUAAAGCAUUCCUUCGGCCUUGUGAACUUACAAGACAUUACCGAACACACACUGGUGAAAAACCAUUUCCUUGUGAGGUGUGUCAUGAACCUUUUGCCGAUCCAAGUAACUUAUUGAGACACAUGAAAAGACACACAGGAAACAAACCUUUCAUGUGCACAGUAUGCAACAAAACAUUUCUUUUCUCAUCUCAGUUGGAAUUACAUUAUUCUCAGCAUACAGGAGAAAGGCCGCACCAGUGCGAUGUUUGUGGUAACAACUAUGGUACAACUAAAGCUCUACAGCGUCAUAAGAAAAGACACACCGAGAGAACAAUGCAAUCUUGCUUGGAAUUUGACGGAAUCUUCAGUUCAUCAGAACAUGAAAGAAAUGUUUAUGAAGGUACUAUGAGUGAAUAUAUGUGUAGCCAGAAUAUUAAUAGUUCUGGAAAAAACUAGAUAAGUCUUCACCGGCUAUUGUCUCAUAUAGCAACUCGCCACUUUGUGCUACUACUGUAAAAGAAACUAAGAGUGCAAAGUAUAUAUAAUAUAUGGCAUGUGAGGGCCCAAUCUUGUCCCUGGUUAAAAGGCAAGAGAACCAACUUUUGUGCCACUAACUCUUUUCCAUGAGCUGUGUACACCUCCACACAUAGAAAUAUAUCUUUUUUUGUAGCCCUAUUUAGCUUUAAAAUGGACAUUUGAUUAUGAAAUACUCAUCCUGGGUGUAAUACCGACUUGCUUAUGUUAUUUUGUAGAUAAUUAGGUUUUAUGUUCAUCAAAACCUUUUUAUACUUGUAAUUUUCACAGAAAUGUAUAAAGUAUUUUAUCACAGUAUUAAAAAUUUUGUCACCUAUCCAAUAGGGCAAGAACAAGUUCCAUUUGGUGGUAGGUGUUCACCACUGACAAUAGCAUGCACCACAAAUGAAAUUUAAGUUAAUAUCAAGGACUAACAGAACUUAAACAGUCAAAUUUGCUUCAUACUCUCUAUGAACUUUAUAUAUUAUAUUAUAUAUUAAACAUUAUUUGAGAA